GCUGCCGCUGCGUGAGGAGGGUUGGCCUCGCAGUAAUGAGAGGAGUCAGGUAACCGUUCGUUUCACACUGAUCCUGUUCCUCGUCACACACGGGCUUUAAACACGCUGCAAAACCAGGGACAUUAUCACAUUUUCUGCUGAGGCUGCGGAUCCCCGCCUGAAGCUAACUUCGGAGGACUUUAAAUAAAGUUUUACAACCUCUGACGUCGCGUCCUCCUGCUGCCUUCAAUGUGACGGACGUGUGGCUGCGGAGCGGAGCGAAGAGAACCGAGCCUUCUCAGGUGUUGGGACUCGUGUUUUUACUCUUCCGUUUGAGCUGGAAGCAGGAUAUUUAUUCCCUUUACUUUUCAUCGGUUGUCUGUUUUUGUCGUCUUUUUUUAAACUUGGUGUAUUUUUUCACGUAAGGCCAAGACGCAAAGCUUGAACAGGUGCCAAGAUGGAUGAGACCGAAAAGUACCAACAGCGACUGGAGGCCAUUGCUGAGAAGCGACGGCUACAGGAAGAGCAGGACAAAGCCAGAAGAGAAAAGGAGGAUGAGAGGCUUAGACAACAACAGCUCAAGAGGAAGUCUUUAAGAGAUCAGUGGCUGAUGGAAGGAAGUCCUUUGCCUCCCUCGUCAACAAACGCCCAGAACACGUUUUCCUCUCUGCGGGGAACAGAGGACCCGUAUAUGGAAAAACAUACUGACAAGUUGCAGUCGGAGGAUCAGCAGGUGACUGCACAGAGAGAUCAUGGAACGGAAGCUGUGAAGGUGGCAGAAACUCGAGGAGUAAACGUUGUUUUGGAGAAUGGAGAGACCACUGCAUUAGGAUCGGGAACACCUGUUGAUGAAGUCAAAAUAAACCCAAGUCCACCAGAGCAUAAAACUGCAAUUAUUUUGACAAAUGGUGGGGGCACAGGCAAAGGAAGCAGUAAUCAUGACUCCUCAGGGCAGAGUGAGACAAACAUAACUGGACCUGUCAGAACCACUGAGGAUACCAGUAAUGUCAAGAUGGAGUCAGAGAUGAGUGUUGCUGCGACUGCAUUUGAUCAGGUUCCAAAUGCCAACAUGAAUGAGGAAUGGGAAAACAGAGAUGGGACUCUGGUGAUGAGAGCAACGUGUGUGUACAUCACAGAUGAAGGGACUGAUGUCCCUGGGCACCUUUCUUCUCUGAAGGAUCAGCAAGAGUCCAUGCACACUCCAGAGGGAGACAAGGAGAUUUCAGAGGUCACUGAGCAGGAAGUGAAAACAGAAAGGGCUCCAGAAACUUCACUGGAUUCAGAGAAUGGAGAAGCAGCUGAUCCCGCUGUCAAAGCAAAACCAUCAUCAGAAGAUGGAAGAGACCUGAAUGGUGAUGCAGCACCAAGAAACAAUGCAGAUGAAGAGACAGAAGCUGAAGGCCAUGAUGAAAAACUGGAAGACCCAGACGGCCCACAGCCACUAUCAACCACAAAUGCUGUGGGCUCCACUGUGGCUUUGGUCCCCAUCUAUUCUGAAGCAGCACUUUCUGCUCUCAUUCCAGAGAGAGAGGCCGAGACCAAAGGUGAAGCACCAGCAGUGCCAGAGGAAGCUGUAGCAUUGGAGGAACCUGCUUGCAAGCCUGAUGAGUUCCAGGAGGUGCUGCUGACUCAUCCCCCGGAGAACCAUAACACAGAGGCAGAGUCUGGAGAACAAGAGGCCCUUCUGCAGAAAGUCCAAGCCUCCAACCUGUACAAAGAAUCUGCAGGAUCAAACAGCCUGGGCAGUUCAGAGACACAGAGCCCAAACAAAGAUAGCCAGGGAGAGAAAUGUGAUACACCCAAUCGAAAAACCUGCCAUUGCUGCUCUCUCAUGUAAACUUUCCUCCUGUCACCUUGCUUUUAUGCAUGCAUUUAUUUUAUGCAUCCAUGUUUGCAGCAUCUGUCCACCACCCUUAACAUGAUACAGAUUCUUAAAGACAGAUUUUUAGACUUCAAGUGCCUCAGUUAGGAGGAGCUCAUUUAAAUUCUCUUCGUUCAGUUUGAGAGAACCUUCUUUGUUUUAUACAUAAAGUAGUUAGACUACAGGCACCCCCAUAUUUUAGUUGCAGUAAAGUAAAAACAAAGUAGUAUUUGCAUUAAUAAACAGUUGAACAUGUCUGGUGAAACACAUUUUUUUCUCUUUGCUUUGAGUCUCAUUUGUUUUAUUCAUUUUAGUAUUUUAUGAGAAACUCUAAUUAAUCCCAGUACAAUGUGGGAUACCUUUCAUUUUUCCUUCAUCUGAAACAUUGUUGUGGCGUCAUAUGCAGUUUUACUUUUACUCAUAAGCUGGGGUCACCAGUUAACCAUUGAGGGCCCUUUGAUAAUUUUAAAAGAUCCAUUUAAUUUUGAAUACCUGAAAGUAUGAAUUUACGAUUUCUGUGAAUUGAUGUACAUACUGUAAACAGAACUGCUUGUCGGAUGUUGGAUCUUUGACAUGACUGCUGAAUGGGUUCAUGAUUAAACUAACUUUUGUGCUA